CCCUUCAACUUCUCAACAUCUUCAUCAUUUUUAGAAAAAUAGAUAAAGAGGUUCUUUUGGAUUCUACGUGGAUUGGAGCUGCUUUUACGCGCAUGUCGGAUCUCUCCUGAUCUGAUUUUAGAGAUAGCUGGACACAAUUACAAAUUUACCCUAAAAAAAUGUGGUGUCAUCUCCUCCACUGCGGCGAUCAAGGACGUCCUGAAUCCUAAUGGGGGAUUUAUUGAUGCUUUUGGCGAUGAUCUGCAGCCUCGGAGCAAAUGAGAGGGUGGGACGGCGGCACCGACUGUGACAGUCAAUCUGCUGCAUGCUGUUAUUAUCACAUUACCUUCGUCCGCUUUAUCAUUUGAUGGAAUCUGUGUUUUUUUUUUCUCCUCCGAUUUUAUUUUUUCACGAGGGCUAAAACGAUACAAGCGCCUUCCAUUUAUCCUGCAGCUACAGCGCGCUUUCAAAUCAUGCAGUCUUGCAUACUGGAUUACGUGUGAAAUCUAUUUCAUGUAAACUGCAUGGUCUGUUAAUUAAACGUUGUUGGGUGUUUUUUUUUCUCUCGUCUAAUUGAGCAAACCUCCCGAGCCUGAAAUUUAAAAACUAGAUUUUGCCCCCGGCACACCCCCUGAGAUAAUUAGCCAACCAUCACAGCCUGCCUCAGCACGGGCUGCCAGUCUUUCUGCUGCUGUGCACCUUCAUCAUAAUAGCUGUGGAGGGAAACGGAAUCUGUCGAACUUCAGCGCGUCUUUCGGGAUUCCUUUAUUCACUAAUGGGGCUCCAUGUUGAUCAGAUGAGCCACCAUGUUGACGAGGCUUUUCAGUGACCCCUCGCUUCUCCCCGACGUCCAAAAAUACUCAUCCUGGGCGGAGGACAGCGACGAAGAUGUCCGCAAGAUCAAGGAUGAGGACCAGGUAUCGCAGGACGACAUGGAGUCCUCUGACAUGAGAGGAGACGACAGCCGGACGCAGUCUGAGCACGCAGGGGAAGACGACGAGGACGACGAGGUGGAAGAGGAGGACGACGGAGAGGAUACCGAGGGGGACAGACCCAAGAAAAGGGGCCCCAAGAAGCGUAAAAUGACCCAGGCCCGAAUCGAGCGCUCUAAACUGCGGCGGAUAAAAGCAAACGCUAGAGAGAGGACCCGCAUGCACGAUCUGAACUCUGCGCUGGACAAUCUGCGUAAAGUAGUGCCCUGUUACUCCAAAACGCAAAAACUGUCCAAGAUUGAGACCUUGCGUUUGGCUAAAAACUACAUCUGGGCGCUGUCGGAGAUACUGCGCUCCGGGAAAAGGCCGGACCUCGUGUCUUAUGUGCAGACUCUGUGUAAGGGACUCUCCCAGCCCACCACCAACCUGGUGGCAGGCUGUCUGCAGCUGAACUCCCGCAACUUCCUCACCGAGCAGCAGUGCCAGGAGGGGGGCCGCUAUGGCUCCGCCUCGUUUUCAAUGCAUUCCUACCCGUACCAGUGCGCGCGCCUGUCCAGCCCCCACUGCCAGCCGGGCUCGAACUCCCACCCGUUGAGGACGCACGGUUACUGCUCCACUUACGACUCCCUGUACGGGGGGAGCGGAUCCCCGGAGUACAACAGCCCCGACUACGAGCCCCCCCUCAGCCCUCCUCUGUGCAUCAACGGCAACUUUUCCCUGAAGCACCAAGGCUCCGCGUCCCCCGAAAACGAGAAAGGGUACCACUACUCUAUGCAUUACUCUGGCCUGCCUGGAUCCAGACCCAGUGGGGGCCACAAUCUGUUCGGCUCCUCGGGGGCCCGGAGCGGCAUUCACUCUGAAAACGUCCUGCCUUACCACGACAUGCAUUUGCACCAUGAACGGCCCCCAGUUUAUGACGAACUCAACGCGUUUUUUCACAACUAGCUCGUGCGUCACGCUAUCAAUACACACUUCGAGGGCAAAUUAUUCUGGAAAAACCUCUUUUUAUUUAUCUAUUUUUGUUGGUGUUGGUCCAGUCUUAAAUCCGUCCUGAUAGUCGGGAUUAAAGCAGAUUAUUGCCCAAAGUCUUUGCGCGCAAUAAAAGGAUAAAGAUGUUGGAGCUGCAGAUGUUUAUAUACUUUCCAUGUGUGAUUUGUGUGUUUGUAUCGGUGCUUGUCUACAUGAAGAUGGCUGGAUGUCACUUGUAACCACAUCCUCACAUGAGAAUUAUGGAUCCAAUCCAUCGGAGGCGCAUCAACACACACAAAAACCCAACAACAGUUCGUGAAAAUCGCUUUUUUGGGGCGAUUCUUGACUGACAGGAAGCGGAAAAAAGAAGAAAAAAAAGAGAAAAGAUGUUUGUUGGGUUGUUUUCCAAUCAUUCGUUCGCAGUGAAUCAGUCGUUUCGCAUCUAUGCAAACCCAAACAGGAGACUGGAUGUUCCUCAAACGACACAAUCACGAACAUACAAGAAUAAAAAAAUACUUUUGUUUUAAUAUUUAUUUAUGUAUAUUCCGUUUUUCUGCACUGUUUUUAUUUUAUUUAUUGAUAUAUGUUUAAUUAUUAACUUUUUGUUCUACAAAUUCACUUAUUAUUAUUAUUAUUGCACGUGUUCUUGUUGCAUUAUUUUUGUAAUCGAUGUUUGAAUUAUUUAUUUAAUUCUUACUUUUACCUCAAGUCUUUUAACUUUGUAUUCAACCAACUGUGUGGUAAAAUAAAAAUAAUAAAUGACAACGGAUUAUUUGGUCUUUAUAAAGCUUGCAUUUGAUAUUUUUAAGGUGGAUCUGUUACUUCUUUCUCGUGCAGGCCUCUUGUGGAGCCUCGAGGUAAAAGUAAAAUAGGACAAGCAAACAGCAGGUUGCAUGAAGUAAAAAAAA